CGCCAGAACAUACCGCCCAUCAUCCGUCUUCCCAAAAAGGUACGUACUACACCGCCGAGCGGUAUCGAGAAAAUGUUGAAGGCCGGCGGCGUAUUGAAACCGCGCCGAAGCACGUCAGGCUGAGCUGCCCAUUCUGGUCCACUCAAAAUAGCUUUGCCCUGCGCACUCGCAGUUCUGACUCACUAACGCCUAACUAACAAGCCUCGCCAGCCGGUCCACCAUGGUGUACCGUGCGAAUGAUUGGGACGCGCUGCCCAAGACUGGCGACGGAGUGCAGGCCGCGGACUUCGAUCCCCCUCCGGAUUGGGGCUUCGGCUCUGGUGGCGAUGACUACCCGCCUUGGGAGAUUUGCGAUGAUGAGCAUCUCGCUCUGCAACUCUUACAGGCCGAGCUCGACAAUCCGUCCCUGCCGUACACCGUCAAUCUAGUCAAGACUGUUUGCGUGGGCAGUUGGUGGGGCCUGCCGCUGGAGAUCAAAAUCAAGAUUCUGGCAUACCUCCUCGAAGUCCCGCACCAGAUUACCGCGGAUGAUGUCGACAGCGGCGGAAGCGGCAGGAAGCGUCAUCGUCAAACACGACUGACCCCCCGUGACUGGCUGGGCUACGACCUCACUCGCUACAAGCUGGUUUCCAAGGAGUUCCGUGGUGUGGUACAGCAAGUGUUCUACCAAAAGAACGAGUUCGUCCUGCAGCCCGGCCGCGAAACCAAGGACAUCAUCAUACUCCCAUACCUGUCCCUCUUCUACCCAGUGCUGAGCGUCAACCACUUCAUCAAACGCCUGGACUUCAAGCCGCCCGAGGAGCUGAUGAACCACGAGUACGAGCGCUUCCAGUACCUCGCGGGCGGUCCAAAGCUCGUAGACGACACCUGGCAGUUCCUCAAGAACAUCGCCCUCGGCAAGUACGGGUUCCCACUGCUCGAGCGCAUCCGCGUCUUCUUCCUCCCGGAUUCUGCCCGAAUGCAGGUUUUCUGGAACUGGAAGAUCAAGGUCAAGACCGUGGAUGGGUACAAGCUCUUUUUGCCUGUCGACGCGCACUGGCAGCAAGAGCUAGACCUCGAGUUGGCCGUCCGGCCUAUUGGACUGACCUGUUCGGACCAGCCGGGCUUUGAGCUCAUUCGGAGGGAGACAGCGGAUAAGGUCGGGUUGGCUGAUGCUCAUUGAGCUGAGAUUUGAUCGUAUGAUUUCGCCCGGGUGACAUGACGGGAUCGAGACUGGAUCGGAUGCGACGGCUUCGGGAAUGUCAACAGAAUCGGAUGUGGUAU